AUGGCAACAGCAUUACGAAGUAAAGAAAAUGAUUGUGAUUUUCCUUUAUUUAAAACGCCACUUCGUACUCCUUUGCGUACACCAAUACGCAAUCGUAUGUUGUCAUCAGCAACAAUAAAUGAUUUAACUUUUUAUUCAAAUAAUAUUAAGAAUCUUAAAUUAGUUGGUACGACAAGUAUGAAUGAUUUACAAAUGUGUAAUGAUACGAUGAUAACACCAAUUCGGUUAAAUAAAAAUAAAUUUUCUACACCAGGAUCUAUUCAACGUCGUCGUGCUUUAGGUCUUGUUAAUAAUAAUAACCAAAUAUGUCAUACAUCAUCAAGUGAUGAUUCUUCAGCCUUAACUAAUCUUAAAGAACUAAAUAAUAAACAUGAUGAACCUGUUGUUCUUCAGGCACCAUCUUCUAAUAUGACAUGUUCUUCUUAUUCCGAAGAUGAUCUUCCACAUAAAUCAAAUAAUACUCAUUCUUAUGAAGAUACAUUCGAUGAUCUUAUACCAAUUGAUGAACGUAUUGAACGUAUGAUUACAAAUCAAACAAAUGGUAUUAAUUUAUUUGCGUUUUAUGGUGGUAUCGAGAAUACAGUUCGAUGCCAAUCACCACAUUCUGCUCGUAUUGAUGUAUCUAGUCUACUUGAUAUGCUCAAUUAA